AAAACACGGCUGAAAGAAUAUCGUGCGGAACGAGAUCGAAGUCGAAGAACAUAAAGAAAUUAGCUGAAAUACAGGCUGCCACGGGGGAGGAGAAACAUUCUGCACCGUUUUCAUUUCCGGCGUCGAUAGAUAAGUUUACAGUGUAGCUAAUGAGGCAAUGCAUGUGAUCCCCGAGUAGUGCAGCAAGUGAUUCGAUGCGGUAGUGUGUGCAGUUUUUCUGCAUGUGAAUCAUACGGCGAACGACGAGUAGAGGUCGCACAUUCCCUGUUCUCAAGAUUUGGCCCUCGGCAAAUAAAAGCAGUUUUCUACGAUAGCCUCGAUAGUCUAGCUACCCAGUGAAAAGUGUAGUUGGUUUGCGGGUGCAGAGACGCGAGUAUCAUCAUCAUUGCUCAUUCCUCAUUCCGGAAGCCCAGAGUGGAAUGCGCUAGCCGUGUGUGGAGCUCCAUGAAGGGCAGUGGAAUUCACAUUCCCUUAUUCCCCGCCAAUCCAACCCUAGCAACCUUGUUCCCCGUAUUCCUGAAUUUCGAUGACUAAUCCACCCGAUCGUAUAGUCCGGUGCAACAGUUCAAGCGUGUUAUUGGUGCAUCCGCGCCGUGCCGUUGCGUCCGCGGUGCAGCUAGCAAAAAAGUGAAUCGCGAUCGGGUAUGCGAUCACAAAUCGGGCGCAUCCAGGCUACAUUUCAAACGCGGUUCCACGCCAUCCGGUUCGCCAGCGUUAACCAUCGGAUCCUUCAUGACACCACAAAGGCCACCCCGGCGAAGAGCCCAGUCCAUGGGCAAUUCGUCCUACGGUUCGAGCCCGGCGCUGUCGUCUCACACUCCGCGAGGAUCACUUUUCACCGCUAACGAGGAAGAUGUGUGCUACGUGCGCAUCAAGGUGCUGGGAGCGAGCGGAUUGGCGAAAAAGGACAUCUUCGGAUAUAGCGAUCCGUACGUGAAGAUCGAACAAAACACCAUCACGGGAGACGUCAACGUGGACCAGAUGGUGACAAAAACCAAGCGAAGGACGUUGAACCCGGUCUGGAAUGAGGAAUUUGUGUGUCGCGUCAAACCAAACGAGCACAAGCUGGUGUUUCAGGUGUACGACGAAAAUCGACUAACGCGCGAUGGUUUUAUGGGACUCGUCGAUCUAACGCUCAUCAACCUGCCCCAUGAAACCGAGGGCCGUACCAUCGCGCCGCAGCGUUACACGCUCCGGCCCAAGCGUCAAUCCAGCCUGCGCAUAAUCACGAAGGUGCGCGGUACACUCGAACUGUACCACGCAAUCAUGCGCAACGAUGAUCCGGCGAUCGGGCGAACGCGAUCGACGGUCAGCGUUAGCAAUCGGUCCUCCGCCACAAGCACGCCGCUGGCAACGCUUCGAAAUGCACCGCUCUAUUCGCCCUCGCAAUUGCCGCCGACUCGGACGCCAGAUUCCUGGACCCAACCGUAUGCUCAGUUGCCUUCGCUACCGGCACCGGACCCAUUGCCACCGGGAUGGGAAUUGCGGCAAGAUCCCGUUGGCAGGAUGUACUACGUGAACCAUAUCGCACGGACUACCCAAUGGGAACGGCCCACCAUCGGUCCAGCGCAACCGGGCCUAAACGAAAUGGUGGCGGCGUUUCAGCGACGCUUUCACAUUAGCAACGAUCCGGACAAUGGCGGCAGCGGUACCAACAACACGAGCAUGGCCGACACUGUCAGUAUUACAUCGGAACAGGGUGAAACUAGCGGCGCGUCCAAUGUGUCAUCUACCAGUAUUCCUUCACCACUGUCCGCUGAUGGUUCGGUAGCGACCCCGGAACGGUCGGGCUUACGUGUCGGUGAGGCUGAUGCGCUGGGCCUUGCGCAUUCCGCAUCAAACUCGUCCAUCGCUAGCAAUGGUGCAGCGAUACGUCCCAUACGUCCGGCACCGCCACCACCGCCACCACCAUCGUCUUCAGCAUCGUCAGCCUGCACUAGUCCAGCCGGUACGCCGGUACCCAGCCAACGAUCCCGAUCGUCUCCGGACAGCGGCGACAUUGCACCCCUCGCAAGCGAAGAGCAGGAAGAGUCCUCCUCCUGUUCGACGGCGGUCGUGCAGGACAUUCAAACUCGUACUGUCACUUCCGCGGUCAAUGGGACCGGUGACGCUGAAAACACGUCCAAUGUUCGGGAGGUGAGUGAGGCGGCAUCGUCUUCCAACAGUGUCGGUGAUCAAUCGCAAGCAGUGCAACCGACGUCACCGAGCCAUCCUGCAUCGCCAACCACUCAGGCAGCAAAUGCGCCCAAUGCUACCGGUUUGCCGCCAGGUUGGGCCGUGCAGGUUGCAUCGAACGGCCGUUUGUUCUUUAUCGAUCACAUUAAUAAAACCACCUCGUGGGUCGAUCCUCGCACGGGCCUUGCAAGUCCCAUACCGAGCGCUGGAAAUGAUGGGGCCGGCAACGCUGGUGGAGCAAACGUUGGAGCGACGGGUGGUGGUGGUGGAGGAAACCGUGGUGGAGAUGCACGCUCAUCGGACGAUAAUCUGGGCCCGCUGCCGGAAGGGUGGGAAGAGCGCGUGCACAGCGAUGGCCGUACGUUCUUCAUCGAUCACAACACGCGCACGACGCAGUGGGACGAUCCACGGCUUUCGAAUCCAAAGAUUGCGGGCCAGGCGGUACCGUAUUCGCGCGACUACAAGCAAAAGUAUGAGUACUUUAAGAGCCAGCUGCAGAAACCGAGCAAUGUGCCAAACAAGAUUGACAUCAAGGUGCGGAGGGCUUCCAUCUUGGAAGAUUCCUACCGGGUGAUCAACUCCGUAACGCGGCUGGAUCUGCUCAAAACGAAGCUGUGGGUGGAAUUCGAGGGCGAGACUGGGCUGGACUAUGGCGGGCUGGCACGGGAAUGGUUCUAUCUGCUGUCGAAGGAGAUGUUCAACCCGUACUAUGGACUGUUUGAGUAUUCGGCGAUGGACAACUACACGCUGCAAAUCAACCCGAACAGUGGACUGUGCAACGAAGAGCAUCUGAACUACUUCAGGUUUAUUGGACGCAUCGCUGGGAUGGCGAUCUACCACGGCAAGCUGCUGGACGCCUUUUUCAUACGCCCGUUCUACAAGAUGAUGCUGCAGAAGCCGAUCGACCUGAAGGACAUGGAGGCCGUCGACACCGAGUACUACAACUCGCUGCUCUACAUCAAGGAGAACGAUCCGAGCUCGCUCAUGCUGACGUUCAGCGUGGACGAGGAAAGCUUUGGCACGACGAACCAGCGGGAGCUCAAACCGAACGGUGCCGACCUGGAGGUGGGCAACGACAACAAGGACGAGUACAUACGGCUCGUCAUCGAUUGGCGGUUUGAGGCGCGCGUCAAAGAUCAAAUGCAGGCCUUCCUCGAGGGCGUGGGUUCGUUGGUGCCGCUGCAUUUGCUGAAAAUUUUCGACGAAAACGAGCUGGAGCUGCUGAUGUGCGGCAUCCAAAGCAUCGACGUGAACGACUGGAAGAAGAACACCAUGUACAAGGGCGACUACUACGCGAACCAUGCGGUCGUGCAGUGGUUCUGGCGGGCGGUGCUGUCCUUUAACAACGAGAUGCGGGCCCGCCUGCUACAGUUCGUUACCGGCACGUCGCGCGUCCCGAUGAACGGGUUCAAGGAGCUGUACGGCUCGAACGGGCCCCAGCUGUUUACGAUCGAGAAGUGGGGAACGGUGAACAAUUUUCCCCGUGCUCACACAUGCUUCAACCGUUUAGAUUUGCCUCCGUACGAAAGCUACGCCCAAUUGAAGGAAAAGCUGGUCAGUGCGAUUGAGGGCAGCCAAGGAUUUGCCGGUGUAGAUUGAAGCAGGUGUCGAGAGCUGGGCGCCGGUAGAGUGCAUCGGUACGCUGUUGUAGUGUACGGAAGCAAUGUUUAAAUUUUGUCGUUUUUGCGUCCUCGCUGUUCGCAAUCCACUUUAUAGGCACAUGCGCGCCACGUAGGAGACGAUGUGAGAGAUUAUUUAAUUGUUGGCAUAAUGUUGCACUAUCGAAACACGAAUGUAGUAGAGGCUCUCAACCUAAAAAAGCAAGCGAAUGAAGCACGUGCGCAGCUUGCGAUGGCAUGGAAUGGAAUUUGAAUGUUUUAAUAAUAGAACGCAACGCGCUACACCACAUUCCAUAGUUACAGAAAAAAGUGUAUGAAUUUAAGUGUAACACCGGUUUAACCAGGAAACUGUAAGGGAAGCCAUUAAAACCAGAGUGAAAGGUGCAAGUGACAGUGGAUUUGAGGUACUGGCAUUGGCUGCUCUUUUUUUUUAUGUUUCCAUAACAUUAGUGCCUUCAGAUACAUUUAUUCUGUCCUUUUGAUUGGAAUGCUUGCAAACGGGUACACUUUUCCUUGUACUUUUGCCUGCGUACUAGUGGCAGGCAGUUGAAGAAGUCGUUCGUUUUUAUACCCUUAAGGGCACCCAUACGUACACGCCUCUACGUAUGCGUACAUCACGCGCACGCACGCACACCAAAAAUAUAUGAAAAUACCCAAGCGAAAAGGUUGUUACUAAAUAAUUAAAAUGGUUGCAAAAGGGAUGGGAUGCAGCUAAACUCGGACGGUAGAAUCGGUCUGGCAGCACAGUCCACCUGCAAUUCGUAGCUGCAAUGGGCCCUAGAUAAACGUUACAGCCAGAAGACUAUCGUUACUUAUGGAUAUAACCUUUUAGAAACACUGCAACCAAUAGCUUUACGUUUCGUUUCUGGAGCUGGUGAGUGGUUUGAAUCGAACUCGGCGCACAACGUUAACCGUGAUUGUAAUGCAAUAGGAUGAUAGUGUUUAUGCAGCGCCGCGCCCAACCACAAGUGGCGUCCCGAUGCGUGCAACCAUAGUUAAGCGUAUUUUCUGCAUUGAUAAUUACGUUCGUACUAAGGCGUAGAACAUAAGGUGGAUCCACGUGGCUGCCGUAUGCAAGUUAUGUGUAUCAUCGAUAUAUAAAUAUAUUUUUAUUCUUAUGAAAUGAAAAAACAAAAACAAACAAAACAAAGGAAUGCAACAUACGAAAGCAGUGAAAUGGAACUAUAAGUGUGUGUAGAGAAUGGAAGUGGAAUUAUACAAAAGUGAUGCUAGUUGUAAAAUUUGGUAAAAAAAAAUAAAUCGGUUGCUGGAAA